UUCUCUCUUUUAGAAAGAAAGAAAGAAAGAAGGAAAGAAGAGAGGGCUGGAAAUUGUGUUGUUCUUGUCAAGACCUCCCUUGCUUUUAUUUAUUCAUUUUAAGCUUUCUUUCUUUUAUCAGUGGUGUCCCUCAAAACAUGUCCCUACCAGAUGAUGAGAUAAUGAUGUGGCUAAACACCCAAUAAGAGAUGAGAACAAGAGGAGAUAAAAAGAGAUAAGAGAGAGAUUAGUUGCGCUUUAUUUGGCCUUGCAUAUAGUAUUAUUAUAAUGCCUACAUUAUUAUUAUACUUACAUAUAUAGAGAGUUUUCUUUUUUGCUUUCCUCAUUGAUCAGGGAUUCCAGCCCAGAUUGAGCAAAAGACCAGCUGGGUCUCUCUUGGGUUCCUUUUUCAUUUGUUUAUUUUGUUUUUCUUCUUUUUCUCUCUCUCUCUCUCUCUCUCUCUCUCCAAGAUUGGAGUUAUCUGUGAUGGUUGGGAGGGUUUUUUUUUUUUAAAAAAAAAAUUGCAUAAACCUAACCUUCUAUAGGGGGCAAUGAAGAUAAGGAAGAGGAAAGAGAUCAAAAGGGUCAGCAAAGAAAGGGCUCACACAAAAGGUUGAAGAAUAGGGAGGAGGAGGAGGUGGAGGUGGAGGAGGAGGAGGGUCUGCUGCAGCCCUCCCCCCCUUCUUUCUGAUGAGAUGCCUGCUGCACUCUCUGCUUUCUCCUCAAGUGGCUUCUCCAAAAGGUGUGGUGUUGAUUGGUUCUUGGGCUGGUGGCAGUGAAAAGAGGGGGGGAAUGGAAGGGGUUUUUGGUUAUCUUUUGAAGGGUUGGUGGGCACAGUUUUGAAUCCAGACUGGGGGGGAAAGGCUAGCUGGGUUUCUUCUCUCAAGAUCUCUUCCUGCAGCUGCUGAGCCACUCUUGUGGUUCUUUGGCCAUCAUCUUGUUUUCAUCUGGAAUGGGUGGUCAAAAUAGGGGCUUGGGAUCCUCUAAUGGUGGUGAAUGUGAGGGCUGCAGGAGGUUGAAGGCUAGGUUCCUGGUUUUGUGUGUUUUGAGUGGUUUUGUUGGGUCAAUAGGGGUUUUCUGGGGUUUGGGGAGUUAUGGAUGUAGGGGGAGGGAUUUGUGGGAAGAGAGAGCUCAGGUGCUGGUAGAGCAGUCCAACCUGAGCAAGAACCAGCUCCAGGCCUUGGUCUUGCUGUUAUCAUCCUCGGAGAGAACAUUUGCUCAAUGCAUGGAGAAGUCUCGGGCUUCACAUGACACCUACAGAGCAGAAGGUGGUAGCCUCUCUUGUAUUCGAGAAGCAAUUUGCUUUGAGGGAAAGCGGCGACGAGGUCAACAAGAUUGUGUGAGGGAUGAAAUAGUUCGUGUAGGUCAUUGCGCUGUUCAAAACGAGCACAUUUUGGUUAAUCCUGUGCCUUCACUACCAAAGAAUGAAUACAUGAUAGAUACCUCUCAGCAAAAUUUUGUUUCUUCUCCUGUACAAAAUGAUAUAACACUACUAAAGGCUAAGAAGUUAAUAAACACAGCGAAAGAGCAUCAGAAGCUUCUGUCAAAAAUACUAUGGUGGAUUCUACUGGGGCUACUUGUGCUUUUUGGACUUGGCGAGUUAUCGAAGUCCUCAUAUAAACAAAAUCAUCAGCAGAAGCAUCUGCAAUUGCAGAACUCGAAGAGUGGUGGAAAGUGGAUGAAAAAAAUCCUUUAUAUGGGUGUUUUUCUUGGGGUCUUGGUGUCAGUAUGGAUAUUUGUGAGCAUGAAUGCGAAUAUUAUUGAGAGGAGAACGGAAACUCUUGCGAACAUGUGCGACGAGAGAGCUCGGAUGCUUCAGGAUCAGUUUAAUGUGAGCAUGAACCAUGUGCAUGCUAUGGCCAUCCUGAUCUCAACUUUUCACCAUGGGAAGAAUCCUUCUGCCAUCGAUCAGAAAACCUUUGCGGAAUACACGGCAAGGACAGCAUUUGAAAGGCCGUUAACAAGUGGUGUUGCCUAUGCAUUAAAGGUAUUGCACUCGCAGCGAGAGCUGUUUGAGCAGCAGCACGGAUGGAAAAUAAAGAAAAUGGAGACCGAGGAUCAUUCCCCUGUUCAAGAUGAUUAUAAUCCCGAAAAGCUCAACCCCUCACCCAUCCAAGAUGAAUAUGCACCAGUUAUAUUCUCCCAAGAAACUGUAUCUCACAUCGUGUCCAUAGAUAUGAUGUCUGGCAAGGAAGACCAUGAUAACAUUUUACGAGCUAGGUCAACCGGAAAGGGGGUCCUUACCUCUCCCUUUAAGCUUUUGAAAUCCAAUCACCUUGGAGUAGUGCUGACUUUUGCAGUAUACAACUCUGACCUUCCUCCAAAUGCUAUUCCCCAAGAACGCAUUGAAGCUACAGUAGGAUAUCUUGGUGCAUCAUUUGAUGUCCCAUCUUUGGUGGAUAAACUUCUGCAGCAGCUUGCUAGCAAGCAAACAAUUGUUGUUAACUUAUAUGACACCACUAAUUCGUCUUCCCCUAUUAAAAUGUAUGGCCCUGAUGUCUCUAAGUCAAGUGGGUUCCAUAUUAGCCAUGUGGAUUUUGGGGAUCCAUUGCGUAAACAUGAAAUGCAUUGCAGAUUUAAAAAUGAGCCUCCGUUGCCAUGGACAGCAAUUACAACAUCGAUUGGAGUUGCUGUGAUUGUUUUGCUUGUUGGGCAUAUAUUUUAUGCAGCUCUAAAUCGCAUCGAGAAGGUGGAAGAUGAUUACCGUGAAAUGCGAGAACUAAAAGUGCGAGCUGAAGCUGCUGAUGUAGCAAAGUCACAGUUUCUGGCAACAGUUUCCCAUGAAAUUAGAACUCCAAUGAACGGCGUCUUAGGCAUGUUGCAGAUGCUGCUCGACACGGAGCUCGACGCAACUCAGCAAGAUUUUGCAGUGACUGCUCAACAAAGUGGAAAGGCUCUAAUAACUCUAAUAAACGAGGUCCUUGAUCAGGCUAAGAUAGAAUCAGGAAGGCUUGAGCUAGAGGCUGUUCCUUUUGACGUCCGUGAUGUUCUGGAUAAUGUGCUUUCUCUAUUUUCAGACAAGUCACAGGUCAAAGGUAUAGAGUUGGCCGUGUAUGUAUCUGAUCAAGUUCCAGAAGUUCUUAUUGGGGACCCAGGGCGGUUCAGGCAGAUCCUUACAAAUCUCAUUGGAAAUUCUGUGAAGUUCACAGAAGAAGGACAUAUCUUUGUCUCGGUGCAUCUGGUUGGAGAAGUGAAGAUCUCUAAUAACAUUACCAGCCCAAUAUCACAUGAAAAUGCUGAAGUACGUACUAAUUGCAGAGAUAAAUCAUAUAACACAUUAAGUGGGUUUCAAGUAGUAGAUAGACGGAGAAACUUGGAAAACUUCCGAAUGUUCAAGUCUACAACUGAACCAAGUGAUUCAGUAAACCUAUUAGUAACAGUCGAAGAUACUGGUGUUGGAAUACCUGAAGAUGCUCAAAGCCGUAUUUUCACACCUUUUAUGCAAGCUGAUAGUUCUACUUCCCGUACAUAUGGUGGAACUGGUAUUGGAUUGAGCAUUAGCAAAUGCUUAGUUGACCUAAUGGGUGGAGAAAUAGGUUUUGUUAGUAAACCUGGGGUUGGAAGUACUUUCUUUUUCACUGCUGUUUUCACAGAAGGAAAGAAGAAUUCAGGAGAUAUGAAGAGGUACCAUUUCGAUGCUACUCUCUCAGAUUUCUGGGGAAUGAGAGCACUGGUUGUUGAUGGGAGAAGAGUACGUGCUGAGAUCUCGAAGUAUCAUCUGCAGAGAUUAGGGAUACAAGCAGAUAUUGCCACUGACCCAAAAGCUGCACUUUCGGCCAUUUUCGAGGCAUCCAGUUUAAGCGGGACGAGCAAAUUGGACAUGGUGCUUGUUGAUAAGGAAGCUUGGGGUGAAGGAUCCGGUCUGGCAUUUCCCAGUCAUCUUACUGACCUUCGACGAAAUGGCAGUACAAUUAAGCCAAGACAAAGCACCCCAAAGCUCUUCCUAUUGGCUACUUCUUUAAGUCUAACUGAGAUUGAUGAGUUAAAGUCAGCAGGAUAUAUUGACUGUAUACGGAAGCCCCUUCGCCUUAGUAUGAUGGCUGUUUGCCUUCGAAAAGCGCUUGGUGUAGGGAUAAAAAGGCAGCAGGUUAGAGGACAGCCGCUGGCACUUCAAAGCCUUUUGAAAGAGAAACAGAUUUUAGUAGUAGAUGAUAAUGCAGUUAAUCGUAGAGUUGCAGCUGCUGCUUUGAAGAAAUAUGGAGCUAUUGUUACCUGUGUAGCUAGUGGAAAGGAGGCAAUUGUGAUGCUACAGCCUCGUCACAAGUUUGAUGCUUGCUUUAUGGAUGUUCAGAUGCCUGAGAUGGAUGGCUUCGAGGCCACGAGACAAAUCCGUUCUUGUGAGAAAAAAAUAAAUGAACUGAUUGAGAGAGAAGUAUCUAUGGAUAACGGGGAUGUGACCCAUUGGCACACACCUAUAUUAGCUAUGACAGCAGAUGUAAUUCAGGCAACACAUGAUGAAUGUUUGCGAUGUGGUAUGGAUGGCUAUGUGUCUAAGCCGUUUGAAGAAGAGCAGCUCUACUCUGCUGUGGCUCGGUUCUUUGAGUCCGAUGCGGUAGAUCCAACGUUCUAGGAAGUUGUCAUUGCUGCCUGAUUUCUCUGGUUAUCUCCUCAAUCAUGCAGGGUGACUAAUUCGUAAGCAGAAAGCAUGGCAAAACAGUUCUUUGGAUGGCUGAGCUGUAUAGUGGCGGACCAUCUGAACUUGGUUUUUCAAUGGCUGCCCGAUUAUCCGGAUUUGAAACACUACAUUAAGAGGAUGACUUCAAUUUCCAGGAUAAGAUGGUCAGCGAACUUUUUACGGAACGUUCCCGAGAAACCCGUAGUCCCUCUCAAAGAGCAUCCUCACGAGAUAACUAAGUAGAUUCCACCCCACCAUGUUGUAUGUAUGAUUUUGUAAUGAGUUAAGCAAUUGUCUUUUGUUCAUAUGUUUUGACUUGUAUAUUGGUGAUGCUUAGAGUAGGGUAUGCAAUAUAAUUUAUUGAAUGCUGUAUAUAUGUAUGUGAACUAUAGUAUUUCUUUUCCCCCCCUCGUACCACAGAAAUUUGUUGGAUGUAUGGAUGGUCAAACUGUAUUCUAUCAGAAGCAGGAAAAAUACGUUUUAAUUUUUUAACUUCU